AUGCACAAAGUGAUAAGCGACGCUAAUCAAGUGCCUGAGGUAUUUACGGAGGCAUUUCACGGUCGGGCGCAGCCAGAUUGGGAUGAAGUAUUUAAACAUUACGAUGCAACCGUCGCAUGGCCAGCAGCUGCAUUCUGGGAGGAGCUUUUGCACAAAUACCCCAGUGCUAAGGUAAUCCUGACCGUUCGCGAUCCAGGGAAAUGGUAUGCAUCGGUGCAGAAGACGAUCCUCGAGUGGCCGCUCAGCGAAGAUGUGAUCUUGCCUGAUCAUAUGAGACGGGCACGACAAAUGGCGCGAGCGAUCAUCGGCAAUGGUGUCUUGAAGAAUUUUGUGGACAAAGACGCGACCAUCACCCAGUACAACAAGCACAUAGCAUAUGUCAAAACCCAAGUACCCGUCGCCAAUCUUCUCAUCUUAGACGCAGAGGACGGUUGGGCUCCCCUGUGUCGCUUUCUUGGCGUCAAUCCGCCGGACGACGUUCCCUAUCCUCACACGAACCGCGGCGAUGACUUCAAAAAUACGCUGCUCGCAGCCAAAGAAUAUGUCGAGUCCGAGCGGUUUGUGAAGCGGUGA